UUUGCUUUUGUCUGAAUUUUUAAAGUUAUCAUCAACACGGCAAACACCCAACCGCAAAAAUCUCGUUUCUCCUCAGGAAAUGGCGGAUGCUAAACUCAGAAAUCUGAAAAUAGUGAUGUUUCCUUUCAUGGCACAAGGCCAUAUCAUCCCUUUUGUAGCUUUAGCCCUUCGCUUAGAGAAGAUUCUGAAGAACAGAGACAAAACCACCAUCUCUUUGGUCAACACUCCUCUGAAUAUCCCCAAAAUACGCUCCAAUCUUCCACCUGAAUCCUCCAUAAGACUCAUAGAGUUACCUUUCAACAGCUCCGAUCAUGGCCUCCCUAGCGACGCCGAGAAUUUCGAUUCUCUCCCUUACUCUCUCGUCAUCAGCCUUCUAGAAGCUUCAAGAUCGCUCCGUGAGCCCUUUCGAGACCUGAUGAAGAGGAUCUUGAAGGAAGGAGAUGAUGAUCAGAGCAAGGUUAUGGUGGUCGGUGAUUUCUUCUUGGGAUGGAUCGGUAAAGUCUGCAAAGAGAUGAGUGUCUCUUCAGUGAUCUUUAGCGCUUCUGGUGCUUUUGGGUUAGGCUGUUACAGAUCCGUGUGGCUUAACUUGCCACACAAAGAAACUAAACAAGAUCGGUUUCUCUUAGAUGAUUUCCCAGAGGCAGGGGAGAUUGAGAAAACUCAGUUGAAUUCUUUCAUGUUAGAAGCUGACGGAAUCGAUUCUUGGUCGGUUUUCAUGAAGGAGAAUUUGCCCGGAUGGUCUGAUUUCGACGGAUUCUUGUUCAACACGGUUGAGGAAAUCGAUCAGAUCGGAUUAUCUUACUUCCGUAGAAUAACCGGUUUUAAACCGGUUUGGCCAGUCGGACCGGUUUUGCUCUCUCCGGAGAGAAAGGAUUCGGGAUCGAAGUCGACAGAGGAAGCUGUGAAUGCAUGGCUUGACUCAAAACCGGAUCAUUCGGUGCUCUACGUAUGUUUUGGUUCAAUGAACUCUAUCUCUCAAACUCAUAUGUUCGAACUGGCUAUGGCAUUAGAGACUAGUGAGAAGAACUUCAUAUGGGUCGUGAGGCCUCCGAUAGGAGUGGAGGUGAAGAACGAGUUUGAUUUGAAAGAGUAUUUACCGGAAGGAUUCGAGGAAAGGAUAAGCAGAUCGCAAAGAGGAGUGAUUGUGAAGAAAUGGGCACCACAGGUAGAUAUAUUGUCACACAAGGCAACGUGUAUGUUUUUGAGUCAUUGUGGAUGGAACUCGACACUCGAAUCGCUUAGCCAUGGUGUGCCAUUGCUCGGAUGGCCAAUGGCUGCUGAACAGUUCUUUAACUCGAUAUUGAUGGAGAAACAUGUUGGGGUAUCGGUGGAGGUGGCGCGUGGGAAGAAGUGUGGUAUCAAAUGUGAUGAGAUUGUUUCUAAGAUCAAAUUGGUGAUGGAGGAGGAGAGUGAAGUAGGGAGAAAGAUUAGGAAAAGGGCUAAAGAGGUGAAGGAAUUAGUGAGGAGAGCAAUGGAGGGUGGAGUUAAUGGGUCUUGUGUCAAUGGUUUGGAAGAGUUUCUUGGUCAAGAAAGAGAUGAAAUAAGAAAAUAGGUGGUUUAUAAGCAUCUUAUUCGGAGUCAUAUAUUGGAAAAUAAUGAAUAACCAUGACCGGUAGUUAUAUUAUACCACAUAGGUGUUGUGAUAAGAGGAGUUAAUGUUUUAUAAAACUCGAAGAGUGGUACACUCGAUUCGUUUGUUUCUCGAGUUUUCAGCUUAGAUAAUUUGGAGUAAAACAAGGUGUGGGUUAUGAAGACAAAAUAGGACGACAAUAUAUAGAGGGGAUAAAACCCAAAAAAAUAAAAUAAGAGCCGGCUGUGAAAGUCUUUUCUAUAUGUUUCUAGGCAACAAUCUGAUUCUAACGAUGCAGUUUCACAAGUUAUAGUAAGUAUCCUCUGUUUUUGUGCUAUGUUUUAACAACAAUGUCUAAUGUCUUAUGUUUUUUUUUUUCUGUAUAGGAUAUUUGCCAAUGUCUGUAAUGUCUCAUUUCUCUCACCAAUGUAAAGAAAAAACAAUGUUAGAGCGUUGAAAAC